GUUUCGGUCUGGCCUGGUACGACGAGCGCUCAUAUUGCAUUUUAGUAUUUAUUUAUGUAUCGGUCGGGCGCAGGUUCUAUCGGCGGCGCCGCGGGCGGAGCGCGGCCCAGGGGGGCAUACUUACUACGUGAUUAAUCCUCCUCCCCCCGCGGGUCGGCCGCGGCUGGGCGCUCCGUAGCCCGUACUCGCGCCGGCUUUCCUCGUCCCCGCUCCUCACGGCCACUCACUACGCACGGGGCUCCGCGUAGUGCCGCCGUCAGUCGCGCUGCGACCUGCGCCGACAUCGCAUCGUGUUUAUGUCGGCCCUCCCGCGAUAUUCAUCCGUGAUAUCAUUCAUGCUAAUCUCCGGCCGUUGAUUUUCCUGCCGAGUGACCGCGGUGUGACGCGAGAUACCACGAGUGCCGAAUGUUCGUGGACAUAACGUCCGUGUACUUUUCCAUUGGAUUCCGAGCGAAGCAAACCAGUUCCGUGUGGCGGAGGGCGCCUUUCUUUGGAUGAGAUCUCCCAGCGGUGAUCGAAGCUGUGACCCGCGGCCUGCGAUGCUGCGUCCGUGACCGUCUUACGACAGUGCCACGAAACCGCGUCCGAUGAUCUCGGCGAGCCUGCCCGGCGAGGCGCUGCCCCAACUGGGGCAGCUUGGGCUCAGUCACCUGUACCCGCCCCAGCCACCAACGGGCAUGGCGCCCGAGUUCCUCGCGCCGCCGCCGCGGCCCUAUGCCCGUUACGCGCCGCGCCGGCCGCGAGACGCAAUGCCCGCGCCGCCGAGCCCCGCGCCUUCGUUCGCAGCGGUCCCCGGGGCAUACGCGUCAUUCCUGUCGCACCCGGCGCCGUACGCGUCAUACCUGUAUCCUCGGAGCCGCGUGCCGCCGCAGCCGCCGCCGACAUCCAUCAACUACCCGAUCCGGCCGCGGCCUACAUCAGGCUUUGUCCCACCGGCGCCGGCGCCGCAUUCGCCGCCGGUGACGGCACCAACGCCCAUACCUCCUCCCCGAGAGGCUUCUCCCCUGUCGCCGGAGCGAGGUGCCCCCGCGCCGUACUUCUGCCGCGGAGCUCUGAUCAGACUAGAAGACGGCUCGCUGCGGCGCGUCGAGGAGAUGCGCAUAGAAGACUUUGUGUCCAGUGCGGAGAGGAACGGAGACUUGGCGCUCACUCAAUGCACGCUCUUGAGGAUCGACGAGCGGGGCGAAAAACUUGCUUUGACGCUCACUUAUGAUAGAAAUCGGUCACAGGUUGAACUAGAGUCGACUGUAGAGCAUCCGUUCUUCGUGUACGGUCGAGGUUGGGCGUCGUGCAAGCCGGAGCGCACGCUGGCGCGGUACGGCCUGCGCGUGCAGCGGCUGCAGGUGGGGGACGUGUGCGUGUCGCUGGUGCCGCGCAAGCACGCGCCCGCGCCGCAUCCCGCUACCGCACCCCCGCAGACACAUCCAGAGAACCUCAGCGUCAAAGAAGACGCCCGCAAGCGACGGUGGUCAGCCUCCGACGUCUGCCAAGACGACCAUCCGCCCCAAAAGAAACGCUGAAUAUAAAACCAUCGUCGUCGUGCUUGGAAAACUCUUGAAUGUGUUGUGAUCGUCUUCGUUGCAAAGACUCUUUUCAGACUCUUUUUAGUUACGAUCUUUGAGAAACGUAUGUGACCAGCCAGCCGAUACUGCGUAAUACUUAAGCGUUGAUUACCUAUUACAGAUGCAACAUGCCCAGUGAGUGAAGCGUGCAGUCACGCGAUAUGCACGGCUUCAGCAGUGAUCGGCAGUCCAAUCGUACGCUUAUGAUAUUCUAUUCGGGAACUCUAGGUGCUUUUUAAUGUCGGGUGCUUCUGUACGCGUUCGUGUACGAUGUUUGUAAAUAUGUAUGUAACUUAGUUCAAGUUAAACGUUACACUCCAUGACUAAAUUGUGUGUCACAAAACUGUAGUUAUUAUCGUGCUUACGUAGCUCUAGGAGCGAGCGUAGUCGUUAUCAUUGACACUUGGUUAAUCAGAGGGAUAUCUAAAAGUGCAGGCAAGCACUGUAUGGAAACUAACGUACAUUCUGAACAUGGAGUAAAACUUCAAAUAUGCACAAAAUAACAAUGUGUAAAUUUGUAACAGAUCUUAUAAUAGGUUAGGUAUUGUGAUAACCACUGAGAUUUAAAUUGCCAGAUACGUGGCGAUGAAUAUUAGACAAAAUGUUAAAGGUACAAUGAAUGUUAGAUGUAGAUAGUAGCAGUGGGUACGUGUGCGCAAGUCUCGACUGAUUCCGUUCGCGUUGUCUGGUCAGGGGUCUUGCGAGCUAAAUUGGGCGCUAUUAAUUUAAUACUGUAACGUUCGGCUGCUAGAUCCCAGUUUUCCGAGCAGUCCUGUCAUGGCACUCUACCCGAUGGUUGUGACUGCAGACAUAUCCCCGUAUCGACCGCCAUUGGCAACCGUCACGCGAUUAUCGUAAUCAAAUCAUCAAAGUCCUCCAAAUAGUUAUGACAAGUGAUAAUUCGCUGAAUUAAAGUGGCAAAUUCUUCUGACAAAUAACUUAAUCUUGUAAUAUAAAUGUUGAUAAUUAACAUAUAAAUAUAUAUUGUAAAAUGAAAUAUGUAUAAUGAUCAUACUUAAUAGAUGUCAUCUCUAUUGGUUCUUGACGUCCAUGUGUGAUACACAUAAAUUUUCUAUGAGAAGAUGUAUACAUAAUAAACACACAGUCUGUGAUAUUUUGUAGUUAUUGGUCAGAGUAGGUAUGAGGUACUGCUUGAAUAAAGGAAAUAUAUAUGUUUUAGAAUAAGUGCGUAUUGCUAAGAAAUGUUGUAUACUCAGAAAUAUUUCGCUGGCUGGAACCGAAACUUGAAACAAAUAUAAACAAGUAGCGUCUGUGAUUAAUAUACAUAUAUCGUUAUUUAACGGAAAGCAUGGCCAUAUCAGAAAUCAAAUUAAUUUUGUAUACCAUAAAUAAGUAACUAUGUUUAUAAUUUGUUCUACGUUUGGUAUUUAAUCAAAUUUCUCUUAUGUAUAAUCAUCUGGACUAAAAAUGUUAUAAAUCCUACAUCAGUUUAAAAUUAUUGUUGUUUGUCUACUUCUCUAUGUUGUGUAAUCGAAGGUAGCAUAAUGUGGAUUUUUGUCACAUGUUUGUGAUGAGCUGCUAUUUCAGUCAAAUUGUAUUGUAUUUUUGUAUCUCAUCGGUUUUUUGUGAACUUUACAUUGCACUCCAAUGGCGUAGUGCGUCAAAAUAAAUUGCCUUUACGCAGCCACACACAGCUAACCAAUUACAGUGUUGCACUGUGACGUGAAACACCGCAAUGUGAUUGGUUGGCUGCUUCCUGCUGCGAAAAUUAAACGCGGUAGAAAGCACUCAUCCCGUUACGCCACCUUCGAAAUGAGUUUUAAUAGGAAAAUGCCAUAAUUCGUAGCGACUAGUAGAGUAGUGAACUUGCCAAAUAUCGGCGCUAGCGCGAUACAUACAGCAACAAACCAAGGGAAACGCACCGUUGGGUUUGCAGUUAAUUUCAUUGUACCGUAUUCUAUUAUAUUUUACUGACCACUGGAACACGAACACCUCAACGACGGCGGAUGGUGUUGUACAAAAGUUUAAUAAUUUGUUGUAUAAUGUAUAUGUAAUUAGUUUUAUCGUCUUAUAUUAUUUGUAAUUAUAAUGAAAGAUCUCAUUUUAUUAAUCGGUAUUUUCUAACAAGGCGCUUUCAUUAGAUCAUGACUAAGCCUACCUCACAAACUUUAAGACUAGGGGCCCGCGCGGGCCGGUCGCAAUCAAGUCUAAUCAAGAUCUCAAUUUGAUGAAAAUAAACUUUUAAAAAGACUGGGACGCUUUACUGAAUGUUGUGGGAUAGUAGUUUCUUUGAAGAUAUUAUUAUGAGAUAGGAGCAUUUAUAUUGUAACGCUCGUUUCGUGACAUAUCCUGCAAGGCUCCGCUGAAACGUUGCUGGACAUCGUUUAGUACAAAAUUUGUAAAAAAAAGUAUUAUUUCCCAAAUUCAAAAACAGAAAGUAUUAAUUUAAUUCCGAUGACAGGUGCUAGAUCUUUAUGGGGGAGUUCAUACAUACCCGAGAUCGAUUUAUCGAGAACAGAUUAUCUAGACAAUACCAUGUAUAUGCAUUUUCAUAUUUACCAAUUCUGACAUUGGUACAAAUCGUCGUUCUUCCGCGUCUCGCAUACAAUGCCAGUCAAUUACCUAUUUUAACUAAACGUAAAUACAAUGGUAUUAUCAUAAACAUUUAUAAAUUCAUUAACAUACAGAGUUUUUAAAGCUCACGAUUUCCAUAACUAUGGUUUUUAUAGAAAACAUUAUACAUAAAAACAUUUUAACACAAAAGACUGGCAUAAUAUUUCCGAUUUCUUUUAUUGUUGAGUAAAUUUUCCAUUCUAUACAAUGCAAUGUUAUGAGUGUCUGACGAUUGUAUUUCCAGUCAUAACGAUUACUUUAUGCAAUAGAUUUUAAAGAUAUCGUCAUUUACAGUUUUACUAUAAAAGUGUAAGGUUAUUAUUUUCUUAAUCUGUCAAAAUUUUGCAGUGUUUGACGAAUUAGCAGUAAUCAAAAAUAUUGUGUGCAUGAAUGCAAAUGCAAAUACAAAUAUAAAUGUUGUUAAAUAUAUUGUUCACUAUUACAUGUCAACUGCCAAAUAAUUUGUUAGUAACGAAAACUAAUCUGUAUCUGUCUAGAAUGUAGUAUGACAAGUAUUGACUAUAAAAUUUUAAAAUACUUUGCUAAUUUGAGUUGCCAAAGAAAAAGAAGUAAUAAAGCUGUUGGCGAUUUCUUGGCAAAUUAGAAUAUUGUUGAAUUUCAAUUCACCAAUAGAUAUUUUUAUUUUUUAAAACAUACAUGCUUUCAUACGCAGUCACUAACUAGAUUUAUGCUGCAUAUGACAGGGACCGGAAAACACAGAUUUAAAACUGUAGACAGAGAAAACUACAGACAUCGUUUUAUUCAUUUUAUUUAUAUCUUUCGUUUCGAUCAAACAAAAAAAUACAAGAAACGAGACAGAGGGCCAAUGUCUUUUGUCCCUCAUUGUGUAGGUACCCGAUUUUACAACGUCUAUUCUGCCUCUUUGAUAGGCCGGGAAGUUGUAUGGAAACGUAUCUAUUUUAUUUGGCUGCGCUGGCUCAUCGUCUUUAGUUUUCUAUGUCUUUUUAAAAACUGCCAUUGCACGUUAUCUGGCAGCUGGCAAUUAUUUUUUGAUGUUGCCAACUCACUGGCCAUUAAUGGUUUUGUAGACAGUACCAUGUUCUUACUAGAAAUACUAAGGUGACAACUAAGACACAAACACAUUGUGCCAUUGACAUCAACACAUAGAUCCCUAAUAAUUCAACGUUUAUGAUAAUAUAUUUUUUUAGUACGUACAUCUGAUAAUAUCAAUCUAAUUGAUUAAGAUAUUAUAGCAAACACAUAUUCCUAAAAACAUGUUGGAAACAGUGAAAUGAAAUAAAAUUAAUUUUAAAUAAUUGCGUGUAUAAAUAUGAAAUAUUUUCACACUUCCAAAAUACUGUUUUCAAAAUGUAGAAUUGGUUAAGUAGAUAACAGGAAAUAUUGUGUCAUUUAAUUCAUAGAUAAAUAUAAAAUUGUUAUAUAAUUAUAUGACAAAUAUGGCAAAUAUAUAUUGUAUAUUUUAUUGUAUAGCGGAAUGAGUACUAUUUCAGAUUUAAUGUAAAUGGAAAAUGUUAUAGAUCGAGAUAUGUUAAAAUAAGUUAACUGUUUGUAAAAAGAAGAUGAAAUAUGUAUAAUGAAUAUUUGCUA